AUGGCUGCGGAGGGUUCGAGCACCUCCGCUAGUGACGCUGCCAGCAGCAAAGUCGCUGCGAAUAUCGCGAGAGCGCCCGCCAGCCCGCAGCAGGCGUCGUUGCCGCCUCCCUCGUCGCCCUCGUCGCCCUCGUUGCCCUCGUCGGCUCUCCGCCGCAAAAUGGCCUCGCUGCCCAAGAAGGACCCUGUGCCGCCACGUCGACCGGCUGCGGUGAGCGCGACCGCAGCCUCGGCCGCCCGCCGACCCGCCGCCGCGUCGUCGACAACAAACACGACCACGCGCCCACCGAGCAGCGCGUCGAAGCCCCUCGCUGGCUCAGCCUCGCGCCUCGCAGGCUCUGGGUCGAGUCUGAGCAAGCCGCCGACGCGUGCACCCGCAGGCACAGCAGCGCGGCGCCCUGCGCUCGCGGCGAGAGCCGCGGCAGGCGACGCAGAGCCCGACCGCGCCUCGGUGACCUCGGGGGACGAGAACAAGAAGCCCGCCGUGCGCAGGAGCAUUGUUGGCGGGGCUGCUGCAAACGGGCGAGCUACGCCGUCCGAGCGCAGGUCGACGAUUGCGCCUGCCGCGACCGCUGUGAAGCGCCCGUCGACGACGUCCCGGCCUGGCGCUGAGAGCUCGACCGCGCGAGCAGCACCGCGCGCCUCUCUGCCCGCGUCCACUCCGGCGAAGCCCGCAGUCUCGCGGGCUUCGAUCAGCACACGGACCCCGCACCACGUGGUGCCAAAGGCGCCCGUCUCGACCAUCACCCCGAGGACGCCCGUGGCGCACGCAAAGAAGCUCUCGGUCAACUCGGUUUCCUCGCCCACCAAAGCAUCGCCAGCAAAAGCACUCACGUAUAGCCCCAUCGACGUUCCUCCGAGAAGCUAUGGCCCACUCAAGGACAAAGCUGCAUCCGACGCCGAAGUCGAAGUCAGGAAGACGAUCCCGUUCGGUCCCCUCAAGGCCGGCCUGCCGAAAGUUGGAGAGGAGGACAGACGGCCCGGCACUGCUCCUAGUGGGCCCGCAGAGGUCGACGAGGAGAGCAGGCGCCGCAGCCUGGCCGUGAUGCAGGAUUUUUUCAAGGAGACCAGUCUACGCGAGAAGCUCCAGGAAGAGCGCGAAGACCUCAACCGCGAGGUCGCCCGCUUGCAGGGCACCAACACGAAGCUGAGGAAGCAGCUGGUCGAUGCCCAGGCUGCCAUUGCCGAGAAGGAGGAGGCUGCUGCCGCCGCAGGCACAGACGCCACUGGCUGGGACGAGAACAAGCACAGGACCAUUGUCGAUGGCAUGGAGAAGAAGUUUGCGCUCGAGACGAAGUUGCUGGAAGAGCAGAAGCAGAAGCUGGGAGAGGAGAAGCGCGUGGCGCAGGAAAAGGAGGCUGUAGAGGCUGCAAAGGCCGCCGAGCUGCAGCAGGUGCUCGACGACCUCAACGUGGAGCUCGAGCGCCAGGGCCGCGAGUGGGACGGCGAGAAACUGCAGCUGGUGGAACAGGGUGCUCAGAUUGAGGCGCUCACCAAGGACGUGACGACCCUAAGGGCAGACCGUGACGCUCUCUCUGCCGAUCUAGCAGACGCCAACGACACACUCGCAAGCCUGCAGACCAAGCUGUCAGCCCUCGAGGAGAGCCAUCUGGCCGAAGUGCAGGACCGAGAUGGCAAGAUUGGCAGCUUGACCAAGACUGUAGACACGUUGCGCUCAGAGGUCACCGACGCCGAAAAGCGACACAGUGACGCCUCGGAGGCAGCCAAGCGAUCACUCGAGUCGAACUCGUCCGAGUCAUCGAAGCUCGCCGAGGAGCUGCAGGAGAAGAUAGCUUUAAUGCAACAACAGCACACCGACCAACUCCGCGAGAAGGACGAGACAAUCGCGUCGCACGCCCAGACCGAGAAGGAGCUGCGGGGCGAUAUUGAAGAGCUGCAGCAGCGAGCCGACCAGACCGCCGCCGACCUCGAGAGCGAACGCAAUACACACGCGGAGGACCUGAAGACGAAGAUCGCCGCGAUCCAGGAGAGCAGCCAGAAUGAGGUCAGUGCGAAGGAGGCAGACAUUUCCGGUCACCUCAAGUCCAUCGAAGACUUGCAGAACCAGAUUGCGACGUUUCAGCAAGGAGAGACGGACGGCGCUAGGGUGUCGCAGGAGCUCACCAAGCAGAUUCAACAUGCCAAGACGGCUCACGAGGAUGCGAUCAGGCUCAAGACCGAGCAGAACGAAGAGCUCGUUCAGCAGUUGGAGGCCAUCAACGACCAGCUCAGCUCUGAUGCUACUGAGAUUGAGCAGUUGAAGCAGGAAGCGGAUGGCUUGCGCAAGACUGUCGAUUCGCUCCAGCAGGCAUCCCAGCAGGACAAGACGCAGCACGAGACGGCUCUCGAGAAGCUGCGGACCGAGGUUGCCGAAGCGAAGAAGAAGGCGGAGUCCUACAAGAGCGAUCUGGACGCUGCUCAGGACAGGCAUAGGCAAGAUCUUCGUGUUCUUGGCGAAGACCAUGACGCUGAAAUCGAUUCGCUUCGCGCUGAUCUGGAAGGAGAUGCGAAGAAGCGCCUCGACAAGCUGCAAGAUGAGUACCACGCUCUUGUCGCCGACAAGAACACCGCCCUCAAAGGACACGAGAAGAGCCUGGCAGACAGACUCAAGCAGCUUGAUGAGGCGCAGAAGAAUAUCGCUGCAUUGAAGGAGAGCUCGGGAUCCACUUCGCAAGGCCUCGAUGAGGCAAACGCCAAGCACAAGCAGGUGCUCGAAGAGAAGAAGGCGCUGGCCGAAGCCCACUUUACAGCGCAGAAGCAGGUCGCUGACCUAGAAGCCCGUGUUGAGACUUUGACGAAGGAGAAUGAGCUGAUUGCCGACUUGCAGGCACGGCUGGACGCGUCGACAGAAGAUAAGCAAGCUGCGAACGAAGCCCUCGCAGCGUCGGAGAGGUCGUUUACUGACCUCCAGGCUAAGCUCAAAGCCAUGACGAUGGAAAACACUUUGAUCGGGGAACUUCAAGCACGACUCGAUGCGGAAGCCCUUGAACAAGAACGCACGGACUUGCAGAAGACUAUUGCUGAUUUGACGAUGCGUUACGAUACCCUCUGCAAAGAGAAGACUGAGAUGGAAGAACAGCAUUCUCGAAUCGUUGAGGGCAUGAAGCAAAACUCCGAGAGCACUACGAAGAAGAUUCUCGAUGAACUUCAGUCAAAGUAUGACACUCUGCUCACGGAGAAGAGGCAUACCGACAACACGCACGCAGCGGAGGUUGGAGACAUCCAGGCCAGAUGCGAAGCUCUGGUUAAGCAACUUGCAGAAGUCGAGGAGAAGUUGGAAGAGAACAAGGCCGCACAGACAGCGGCAGAGAAGACUCAUGCGGAGGAGGCACAUGCUGAUGUCACAAAGCUUGAGGAAGAACACAAGGCAGCUUUGUCGGAGAAGCAAUCAACACUUGAACAUCUCGAAAACGUCAAGAAAGAGCUGAACACCCAGAUCGAUGAGCUCAGGCACGAGCUUGAAGAGAAGGAGCAGAUCGACUCGGAAGGGCUGGUCGAGGUCAGCAAGAAAUACGAGAUGCUGCUCGCUGAGCAGGCUGCGGCGGACAAAGAUGAGCGCGAAGCGGCCAUUGCCGAUCUACAGAAGGAACUCCAUGCCGCUAGAGAGGAGCUUGAACGAAAGGAACACUCUGACUCCGCGGGCUUGGCUGAGGUGACUGAAAAGUACGAGUCGCUCCUGGCUGAGCAAGCUGCCGCCGACAAGCGGGACCACGAGGCUGAAUUGGCUUUGUUGAGAGACUCUGCGGAUACCGACCUCAACGAGACGAAGGAGCGAUACGAAGCGCGUAUCGCCGAGAAGGAUUCACUCAAGGAUGAAUUUGAGCGCGCGAGGGACGAUGCAAUCACAGAGAUCGAUGAGCUCAGGCGCGAGCUGGGGGCGAGAGAGGAGUCACGCGCAGCUGAGAUGGCCGAGAUCAGCAAGAAACACGACUCGCUCCUUGCAGAGAAGAAGGCUGCUGAUGAAGCACAUGAGGCUGCAUUCACCGAACUGAAGCAGUCACUUGAGAGUGAAGGUGAGCAGGCAAUUGGUGAACUGCGCUCCCAGAACAGCGCAUUACAAGAGCAGUUCAUCAAGAUGGACGGCGAGCACCAGCAGACUCUCGAUCAGCUGAAGAGGGAGUUGGAGGCUGAUCACAGUACGAAUGCAGACGCGCUGCGACAGCAGCUCGAGUCCGUUCAGAAGCAGCUCGAGUCCGUUCAGAAGCAGCACGCUGAAGCCACUGAGCAGAUGGUGAAGGCACACGAGGGCGCUAUCUCCGAGCUCACGAUCGGCAUGCAAAACAGCACGGCUGAUGCAGUCCGGCAGCUGCAGAAGAAAUACGACUCGCUAGAGGCAGAGCUCGAGGCUGGAAAAGUUAGCCACGCCGCCGAGCUCGAAGCUAUCCAGCGCGACAGCGCAGAACAGCAGGCCCUUUGCAACGACCUGCAAACACGACUUGACAAAAUGGUCGUCGAGCUCGAAGCGUCGUCGGAGGACGUAAAGCGGCUGCAAGAAACCAUCGAAGCCAUUGAAACCGAGCGCGACCGCGCCUACAAAGCCGCCGAGGAAGCCGAGGAUAGGAUCGAGACCUUCAAAGGCGAAGUCGUUAGGAAGCACCUCGCCCGCGUCGAGCCCUUGCAGAAGGAAAACAGUGCUCUUCUCAACAAGAUCGACCGCCUCCAGGACAUGCUCGCAGCCGGUGAUAGAAUCGCCCGCGCCGCUGCCAGCAUGGGCGAGAAGCGCGAGAUGAGCACCUUGGCAGAAGAAUCCGAAGACGAGGGCAGCUCGGCGUCUGCUGGGUCUGGUUCUUCGGGGCCGCCUGUGCCUCCGAAGGCUCCCCUUCCUUUGAUGAAAGGGUCUGCCAAGGAUGUCGUCGGUACACAGUUGGCCGCCAUGCAAGAGACCCUAUCACAGCUCAGUGCGCUGAACGAAGACGUCAUGGCCGAGAGCGAGCGCACGGCCCAGAGACUCACGGAACGGGAUUAG